AUGAGAACACCGAAAUUAUCUUCGCCUUUUUGGCCCGGGAACCUCACACAUCCGUCCCCAGCGACGCCGCAGCAGCCUGCUGAGCCGCCAGGGUCGUCCAGAGGAACUGGCGGGACUGCCGCAAACGCAAGUGUCGCGAACACUACGAAUGGAAGUAGCGGUGCUGACGACGCGGUUACCAACGCUACAAGUUCUAACGCCAACAGUACCAGCGGCGUAAAUCACGGCGGAAUCAGCGGGAGUGGGAACGGAACCAAAGAAGUUCUUCGAAUUGCGUGUAUUGUCUCGCUCGAGUUUCUGCCAGUGCUCGGAACAGCCCUGCGUCUGGGCGUUGACCAAGUCAACGCUAACCCUCACCUGCUGCCACGUCACCUUCUUGCGAUGCAACUGCUGGACGGCGGCGCGACGCCGUUCCUCGGACAGCUGGCAGGCCUCGAGGCAAUGAAGAAGGAUCCGCUGCUCAUUGUGGGGCCAAUGCUGUCGGGACAGGUGGCGCUGCUCGGAAGCAGCCUCGGGAAUGCCGCCCAGGUCAGCCUAGGGAAUACCGCUACCAGUCUGGGGAUUAUUGCUGCUCAUUGUGGGGCCAAUGCUGUUGGGACAGGUGGCGCUGCUCGGAAGCAGCCUUGGGAAUGCCGCCCAGCAUAUGCUGCUACGGAUCCCACCCUCACUGUCAGCACGGAGCGACAGUUUGUCAUGCGGACAACCCACAGCGACGCUGCUGAGAUGCAGGCUAUCGCAGAAGCUACUCUGCCGAUGCUACUCUGCAGAAGCUACUCUGCCGAUGCUACUCUGCAGAAGCUACUCUGCCGAUGCUACUCUGCAGAAGCUACUCUGCCGAUGCUACUCUGCAGAAGCUACUCUGCCGAUGCUACUCUGCAGAAGCUACUCUGCCGAUGCUACUCUGCAGAAGCUACUCUGCCGAUGCUACUCUGCAGAAGCUACUCUGCCGAUGCUACUCUGCAGAAGCUACUCUGCCGAUGCUACUCUGCAGACGCUACUCUGCCGAUGCUACUCUGCAGAAGCUACUCUGCCGAUGCUACUCUGCAGAAGCUACUCUGCCGAUGCUACUCUGCAGAAGCUACUCUGCCAAUGCUACUCUGCAGAAGCUACUCUGCCGAUGCUACUCUGCAGAAGCUACUCUGCCGACGCUACUCUGCAGAAGCUACUCUGCCGAUGCUACUCUGCAGAAGCUACUCUGCCGAUGCUACUCUGCAGAAGCACAACUAG